UUGUUAUGUGGUUUUGGAUUUUGAAUUUUGGAUGAUUGAGUUUGGAUCUGGUGUGCUAGGGUUUCGCAGAUGGCGUCGAAGCGGAUCCUGAAGGAGCUCAAGGAUUUGCAGAAGGAUCCUCCUACGUCAUGCAGCGCAGGUAUCUCUAUUUUCAUUUUUCUUGUUUGAGAUUUUUCAGCUGCUUCUUUUUUGGUUGGUUGCUGUGGUUGCUGUUUGAAAUUGAAGGUUUUGUUGUUAGUUUUGCUUCUAAUUGUUGCUGUAAUGGAUAGAUGAAUGCGAUGAUGAUCUCUGAUCAUUGCAAUCUGUCGAAUUUUUGGUGUAAGAUUCGUUAGCUUAGGAUGAAGAAAAGGUCUUUUGAUUGGAAGGCUAUAGAUAUCAGUUCUACGGAAUCGAUGAUGUAAUUUCUAGUGCUGAUUUUAGUAGAAAAUGUGGAAUUGCUGCAAAAUUUGAUGUUAAGGCUCAGCAUUGUUGUGUGUGCCUUCGUGUCAUUUACUGGUGAGGACGUUGUGUAUUAAUGUCUCAGCCGUGCUCGGAUAAGAAUUUUAUGGCUAUAUCACUAGGGAGUGUAGGUUUGUGCACAUGGUGGGUGAUGAAUAAUGAUUAUGAGAAAAGGUGUUGUCAUUGUGUAAUUGCCUAACUUUUUGGUUGUGUUGUGUGGGGUGCCAUGAAACUUGAAAGUUGUUUCCUUUAGGUAUACUUUAGACACAAGGUGAUCUGAUUUUUUAAACUGCCAAGUUUUUUUGCAUUUGGCCAUUGUUCUGCAUUUGUUUUUGAACCAUUCAUACACAUGGUAUUAGUAUUUCCAUGUCGGAGAUGAAAGUGAGGGCCAAAGAGUUAGCUUUCGUAGUUAGAUGGGUCAUACAUGAUAUCUGAUACUUAGUACAUCAAUGAUGCAGUUUUUCAUACUUCUAAGAUCGAAAUGAUUCUGUUUGUCCAGCUUAUCUACCUGGUUAGAUGUUUUGGUUGUAAAGCUUCAUGAUUGUUGCUUUUAUUGCACAGCAUUGGAAAUGCGAUUUUCUUUUGCAUUAUUGCUUGUAUUGUCAUAGUGGGUAGUGUGUACUGUGGUGUGCAUAACUACUUCCUUCUUGGACAUAUAAUGUUUCUUCAAGAGCUUGUUCUGUUACUCAAAUUUAGACCAUUUGAGCUGUCUUUCAUUGUGCCUUUUGUCUUUCAAUAUACUUUUAUUGGCAUGCCUUCUCAUCUUUGGCGUGUUUCAUUGGCAGGUCCUGUUGCCGAAGACAUGUUUCAUUGGCAAGCAACAAUUAUGGGUCCCCCAGAUAGUCCUUAUGCUGGUGGUGUAUUUCUAGUUACUAUUCAUUUCCCCCCAGAUUAUCCAUUUAAGCCACCAAAGGUGGCAUUUAGAACAAAGGUUUUCCACCCAAAUAUUAACAGCAACGGGAGCAUUUGCCUCGACAUCUUGAAGGAGCAAUGGAGUCCUGCUCUAACCAUUUCCAAGGUGUUGCUUUCAAUCUGCUCACUGUUGACGGAUCCGAACCCCGAUGAUCCAUUGGUGCCAGAGAUUGCUCACAUGUACAAGACAGACAGGAACAAGUAUGAGACAACAGCAAGGAGCUGGACCCAGAAAUAUGCCAUGGGCUAAAAUGAGCUGCAACAUGUGGCAUACAAGGGUGUCCUUUAUCUUUUCACUGUUUCAACUGUGUAUGAAUGAACGAUGUCUCUUGUAUCCUUAAAAAUGGACUGCAGAAGAGUUCCAUAACAUGUAAUCGAUUCGGAAAAGAAAUGCCAACGGAUGUUGCAUUUCUUAUUGUUUGUAUGAAUUAAAUGGUGAUCUUUAGAACAAUCAGUUGUGCCCUUAGUUUGAUCAUUGCCUUUCUUUUUUGCUUAGUUGUGCACAAUUCAUCUGGCCUUCUCUGCUUCCAUCAGUUCCAUGUUUGAUAUAAGAUGAUCUUUAGAAC